AUGCCCUUGCCAUUCUCCCUGGUCUGUGAUUUGUUGGAAGAGGCCUAUAUCCUUGCCACGACUCGCAAGCCGUUCAACCAAGUCUUUGUGGCUUGGUGUGCUCACCAUCGCAGUCGUAUAAAUGAACCCGACACAAAUCUAGCAGCAUUGUUAUCUACGCUGCUGCCCGAAAAGAGAACAGACAGGGUAUAUUGUAUUCAGGCAAAUGGUCUUGAGCGCAUCAUCAGUCGUGCUUUGAUGCUUGGCUCUUCUCGUAUCAAGGAACUCGCCAUCUAUAAGCAGCCCGGCCUCGGAUUAGAUCUUGGUGAUUGCGUAGAGCGUAUCCUGAAUGCUACUCCCAAUCCGAUUUUCCCGGAAACGCUUGAGGUUACUGUCGAGGAAAUCGACGAGGCCUUGCACUCUGUUGCAGCCAAAGUGAAAUGGAGCUCGCCAGCUAUAAGAGCCUCAGACGCUAGCUUUGCCGAAUCACCUGGUCGCAGCGUUUUGGAAACGAUCUAUAGACGGCUCUCUGCUAGAGAUGCCAAGUGGUUUACAAGACUUGUUCUGAAGGACUUUCAGCCUCUGGCGUUUGACGCAUACCAAGUGCAGAUUAUCAAUACCAAUCACCCAAUGGCAGCUUCGGCAUUGCGAAAUGCAUUUGCGAAAGUCAUCACGGACAGGAGCGAAGGCCUAGUGCUAAAAGCAGACCAGCCGUAUUUCAACUUUCAUAACCACAAACGACCAUUCAGCAAUCAUUGCAUCAAGCUCAAAAAAGACUACAUCGGCCGCUUUGGCGAGGUUGGCGACUUUGCCGUGGUUGGAGCUGGCUUCAGUGCGGCAAAGGCAAGAUCAUACAAUAUUGACAAUCUCAAAUGGACUCAUUUUUACGUGGGUUGCAUUGAUAACAGGGAGCAAGUCAAGCGAUGGGAUGCUACUCCCGAAUUUACUGUCAUAAAUGUUGUUGAGCUUAAUGAAGCCAUGCUCAAGACGUUCUUGUCAUGUACAAGCCCAAAACCAAUCCCAGUGGAAGGCAAUGUCAAGACCAAAGUGAUAUUUGCUGCUGGAGCACAGACAGUACCUAUGACCGUGGCAUUUACCGAUCCCCCCGUUUUCGACAUGAGAUGCUUCAGUUUUGACAAAGCAGGCAACACAGACUGGUGGAGUUUGCGAUUUCCAUCUGUUGCAAAGAUUCACUUUGACCGAGAUUAUUCUGAUGUACUCUCUUUCGAUGAGCUACAAAAGAUUGCAGAGGCCGCCACUGCUGCUCCUGAGUUGGAGGAUAGCCAGGAUAAUCUGGCAUGGAUCGCGAAGCUAGAGCAGGCAGACCCAAGAGGAUUAGCUGUCGAUGCUGCCACGCAGCUAACAGCAACAACUAUACAAACGCCAUCGCCGAGACGGGCUUCUCAUAAUUCGUCCGCCUCGCAGCCUCUCAUCAGAUAUGUCGGCGAAGGCUCCCUAGAGCGAUCAGUUGAACUCUUGGGCACCCCAGUGCCAGAGCCUCAGAAAGUUGCUGCAACGCAACCACCCCCAACUGUGAACCCUUUGAAGAUCUCUCUUUUCGCUAAUGACAGGCGAAAACGUGCUGUAUCUCCGCCGAUCUUCUUCUCUCCGUCGAAAAAGCGUCGUGAGAUUUCUAUAAAUGAGACCCCGCCACGAGACGCUUCGAGCCACAUGCCCCAGUCUGAACCACCAAACCGUCGCGCAUUGGGGGAGAUAAAUGAUAGCGAGGAUGAGGAUGACGACACCGACGACAACGUUACCGUCUCAUCUUCGCCUCUGGCGAGAGGAGAUAGUGAGCAAAUUGAAGACAAAGAAUAUCCAUAUCAAGAAAUUAAAAAAGCCGAAAUUACCUGCCGAUAUGUUAGAUAUAAAUGCCAGCUGGCUAAUCGACUCAUCUUACUACCAUCGUACCUUUCGGAUAUCGAAGAACUCAACCCCUUACUUCGAGCCCACGGGAUAGCGAACAUCGUCAGUGACGCUGAAGCUUGGGUCAAGGAGAAUGCAGCCAAUAUUGCUUUAUCCCUAGAUAGACAAACAGGGCCUAACAGAAUCCUGUUUGUCGACUCGGUAGGCAAAGAGCCAGAGACAAAGGCUUUGCUCUCUACACUGGAAGAUAUCCGUGAGACUAUUCUCGAAGAACGACGGGAAUGGAUAAGUGUGUUUGAUUGGCGUGUUUUGAAACACCUUACUAUUUACGAAGACGAAGAGAAUACGAAAAAGUAUUAUGAUGGGUUUCAAGAUCCGUGGCGGCGUUGGUACUGUGGGCUGGUCUAG